UCCACACUGACAGCAUCAGACGGGCCAAUCAGUAGUGAGGGAGGUGCAACCGGCUUUAAAAGCAACAUUGUUUCUUCAGAAGUCAACAUUUCCGCCUGGCUCUUGUCGUCGUUGGCAAGGAACCUUCAACGUUAUCCAAAAAUCGAGAAAGAACAAAAUGAAGUGCAUUUCAGGAUUCCUUCUUGUCCUUUUUGCAUCGUUCCUCUCACCAACAGGAGCUGAAGAUGUUCACCUGUAUGGUCAGGAAGGAGGGACAGUCACCCUCCCCAUGGAAAAGUGGGAUUCAAACAAGGUGUAUGUAAAAUGGACAUCUGGUACACGUUCUGUGAUUAAGCUAAACUCUUUUGGUUCUGAAACGAUAGAUGAACAUUGGAAAGGCAGAGUGUCUCUGUCAAAAACGGAUUUCUCCCUUACAAUUACAAACAUCGGACCAGAUGAUUUCACGUCUUUCACAUGCGAACUGUCAAUACCCAGCACGAAAGAGUACAAAACCACCACAUUCAAACUGCACAUGGUGAGCACAGAACAGCCAGCCUCUCCACUGUUGGCCGGGGAGACUCUUACUCUGAAGUGUAACAUAAAGGAUAUGUUAGCGGGGACUCAGAUUGGAUGGCUAAAUCCCAAGGGCAAUGUCCAGAACAGAAACGCCCUCCUGACAGUGUGGAAUGUGACUGGUGAAGACCACGGAGAUUGGAUAUGUGUGGUGACAUGCCAGGGCAGGAAAGCACACAUCAAAGCCCCUGUUAAAGUGAUAGACCUCUCCCCAGCUCCACCCCAACCUCUCUACACUUCCAGCUCUCCUCUCCAUCUUCCGUGUUCCUUUCCUUCUUACAUCUCCUUCCAAGACCUCCAAGCUAAAAACAUCCAGGGGGGCCACUGGACCUUUGCCCCUAGCCAGGGAGCAGGCUCUGGCCCCAGUGGUUUCCCUGUCAACCUCUCCCUGGAGCCUAAACUGUCCUGGAACCUCAAUCAGACAAAAAAUCUGGAUGUCCCAGCCAAGACGACAAAUGAUCUGGAUCUUUCCAUAAAGAUGAAAAGGGUGACGAAGGACGACAGGGGCACCUACACUUGCACAUUUGUGUUUAAUAAGGGCCUCACCCUGAAGAGAGAAAUCCUUGUUGAGGUGUUACAUAUUGUUUCCUCUCCAGGUACCAAUGUUCCUGUAGGUCAUGAAGUCAACCUCACCUGCAACGUGGGCCAACCCCUGACCUCUGACCUAAAACUGAAAUGGAACCCACCGAAACACUCCUCUCUGAAUUCUCGGCUCAACUCACUCAGCAAUUCCACCCUGACCAUACAGGAAGCGAGGGAAGAAGACUCUGGGAGGUGGAACUGUGGACUUUGGAGGAACACCACCAUGCUGACAUCAGCAGAGAUCAAACUGAAGAUUGAGCAAGCCCCAACAGACGUGUGGUUGCUGAUCACCAUCUGUGCAGCGGCUGUGGUUUUCAUCCUCAUCCUCAUCCUCACUGUCAUCCUCAUCCGACGCCACCGAAAGCGGGUGAAACCUAGACGUCGCGUGCCUAAAUUCUGUCGCUGCAAAGAUCCAAAACCCAAAGGGUUCUACACAUAUUAGAAAUACUCUAUAGAACCCAAGAACCUAAAGAGGAAACUCAGGACAACGCCUCUGGUAUUUUCCCUCAGCUGUUAUGUUCUGGAAAAGCAAAAGAAAAAUAUUUUAAGUGUAUAUUGUCAUCCAUUAUGACCUACAAUUGACCUAGAAUUGACCAAAUACUGUUCAUAAAUAUUGUAUAGAUACUGUUGAUUUUAUGUUACUGUAUAUCUCAUCUUACUUUAUUUUAAAUAAUAUAUACAGUAUCUCACAAAAGUGAA